AUGAAGAUCUUAAGUGUAGCACCGAGUGUUAACUUGGGAUCCGUAGCGACCUCCAUACCAGCAGUGAAUUUCUCAAGGCCAAAUUUGGGAUGCUCCUUCGCUAUCGGCAUAGGAGGCUCGAUUAUUGCCCACAGCGAGAUUCCUACAAGAGAAGCGGUGAAUAGAUUAGUAGACGUUCACCAAGAUGUAGUAAAGUAUGGUAUACAACGACGUACCAUCCUUGAUAGUAUAGCCCUUCACAUUGAUCUCGCCGUUGUCUACAUAACCCUUGGACGCAGCCACCAGAGCCACAUUCUUAAGGGUAAAGUCAAAAUCGGUGUCCUUAACGUUAUGGAAGAGUUCCGACAGGUUGAAUCGAUCAACAAUGCCAUACACAAGCCAUUCUCUCUUCUUGGUCUGAGCCUGGCGUCCGUAGAACAGGCCUACCCUGAAAUUACGUCCGGAGUAGUCGAUGUCACCAGUCACCGAGAACUUGCUCUUGCGGUUGCGGAGAUUCUUGUCAAUGACCUCUUCCUUCUUUUCGAUCUUGUCGUUUUCUGCGCUGGGGUCAAUAGAAUCGGGCGUCUUUGCUUUAGAGUUAGCAGCCUUUUCCUUGGGAGCAUCUUCGAUGGCCUUGGAUUCUUUCUCUUUCUCUUUCUCAUCUUCUUCCUUCUCACCCUGAUUGGUCUUGUCGAUCUUUGGCGGCUUGGCCCCAAUUUCAAUAUCCAAAGCUGCCUUCUUCACGGUAAUUUCCGUGCCUUCAAUCUUGAAGUCAGUAACAUCACCGUGUAUGGCCAACCCAGCUGA